AUGCCUCCUCCUCCUCCACCUCAUCCUCCUCCAUCUCCACCUCCUCUUCCUUCUUCUUCCUCUUCUUCCAUCAUUCGAACGGGAGUCUCGAACCUUGAGACUAUCUUUUCCAAUCCCACCCGAAAUCCAGAAUAUAUCCCCUCCAUGAUCCCGUUCGCCUUUCCUGUACCGUCUUUCCCGAGAUCCUACUUCUCUUCCUCCUCCUCCUCCUCCUCCUCCUCACAUCGUCCCAAUGGAAAUGAGGGAAGGAGGGAGGGAGAGGAAGGAGGGGGUGGGGGACACAGUAUAAGGCGACGUAACAAGAGUUGCAAUAUUCUGGAAUCUCCAGGGAACUGGAAACGCCAGGGUAUCCUGCAUCCAUCCAGUCUUUCACUCACCCUCCUCCUCCUCCUCGGCUGCUGUGCGAGGAGAAAGGGGAGGAGGAGGAGGAGGAGGAGUCCCUCGGCUUUCCCUGCCACCAUCCUACGCAAGUGA